UUCUCUCGCUUAUAAAUAGGGACAUACCCAGGAAGACAGGAGGAAAAAUAAUAUUAGAUCGUUAUUGUAAAAAUGGCGGCGGACAGCGUAAACCCGUUUAACCUAAGCGACUCCGAGGAGGAAUCUGAGCGGAGGCCGGAUGGUGCCGAGAACGAACGGAGCCCGAGCGACGGAACGCCAGGCCGGGGCUGCGCUCCUCUUUCCCCGCGAGCGGACUCCGAAGCCGCCGCGCUGCCGCUGUCCAGCACUAGGACGAGUCCGGGUGUGGAGGAGCUUCCUGUUCUGGCUGUCACCAUGGGAGGCAACGCGGAGACGCGGGUGUCAGCGGAUGCUAUAGCCGCUCAGCUGCUCCGGGAUCAGUAUAUCCUCACGGCGCUGGAAUUCCACACCGAGCUUCUCGAGAGUGGCCGAGAGCUCCCUCGACUGCGUGACUAUUUCUCAAACCCCGGCAACUUCGAGAGGCAGAGCGGGACUCCACCCGGCGCUUGCAAGGAGCAAGGGCUGGGCAUAGCGGGACAGCUUAACCGAGCCGGCAGCAUCAGCACCCUGGACUCCCUCGACUUCACCCGCUACUCUGACGACGGGAACAGGGAGUCUGACGAACGGGUCGCAGUCCUGGAGUUUGAGCUACGGAAAGCCAAGGAAACCAUUCAGGCCCUGCGCACCAACUUGACUCAGGCAGCAGAGAGUGAGGUGCCCACCAAGGACAGAAGGAACUUCAGAUCCUGCCCUGAAAUUCAGGAGCCCAUCCGUCCCCUGGAGAAAAGAGCGCUGAACUUUCUAGUCAAUGAAUAUCUGUUGAAAAAUAACUACAAGCUUUCCUCCAUCACAUUCUCAGAUGAAAAUGAUGAUCAGGAUUUUGAGCUGUGGGAUGACGUGGGACUGAACACUCCAAAGCCCCCUGACCUUCUUCACCUUUACCGAAACUGUGGGACCUGCUCGACCUCACCCCGCGACACUGUGGACAUCGCUGUGGGUGUGGAGGCAGAAGACCUGCCGAGGAGCUCUAUUACCCAUCAGCCCAUGCAAAGCAUCGAACGAAUACAACAGGCAGAGGUGGUCCAGGAGCUGGAGUACCAGAUCAGCCUGCUGAACAACGAGAAGCAGAGUCUGUCUGAACAGAUCAAGAGGCUCCAAGGUGAAAUUGAGGCCCUGAGGAAAAGCGUCUCCAUCCCUCCAGCAGCAGCUGGCGAGACUGGGAGCCCCGCGUUGGGUGCAGUCCCAGCUCCGGCCCCCCCUCCCGUGGUCAACCAACAGCAUGGCGAAACGGCAGAGUCCACAGAGCAAGGCAAUGUUGUCACUGACCGCCCGAGGACGAACGCCCACCCGGAAUCGGGCCUGCCUAAGGUCACAACGGUGACCUCACAGUGCAAUGUAAAGUUGAAAUGCAAGACGGCACAGAGCCAAGAUCCAGCACAGUUUGCCAAACCCAACAGAAAUCUCUCUCCUGCCUUUCUCCAGGCACUUUUGUCCUUCUGUCGAAUGUCUGCCGACAGCCGUCUCGGCUCUGAGGUGUCUCGAAUCGCCGACAGCGAGGAGAGCCUCAUGCUCAUGUUGGGACGCUGCCUACCUCACAUCGUCCCCAACGUGCUGCUCGCCAAACGCGAGAGAAUGGUCACGCACCUGUGUCAGGAGCUGAUCCCCCUCAUCCUGUGCACCGCCUGCCUCCACCCAGAGCCCAGGGAACGGGACCAGCUGCUCCACAUCCUCUUUAACCUCAUCAAGAGGCCGGAUGACGAGCAAAGGCAGAUGAUCCUGACAGGGUGUGUGGCGUUUGCACGUCAUGUGGGCCCCAUGCGUGUGGAGGCGGAGCUUCUGCCACAGUGCUGGGAGCAGAUCAACCAUAAGUACCCCGAGCGCAGACUUCUUGUAGCGGAGUCUUGUGGAGCCCUGGCACCUUACCUGCCUACGGAGAUCCGCAGCUCGCUGGUGCUCUCCAUGCUGCAGCAGAUGCUGACGGAGGACAAGGCGGACAUGGUGCGUGAAGCCGUGGUCAGGAGUCUAGGCGUCAUCAUGGGCUACAUCGACGACCCGGAGAAGUACAGCCAGGGCUUUGAGCUGACGCUGCUGUGCUUGGGCGACCCGUCGGAGCGGGUAGUCUGCGCCACCCACCAGGUGUUCAUCCCGGCCUUCGCAGCCUGGACCACAGAGCUGGGCUACCUGCAGACACAGCUCCUGCCUGCCCUGCUGGCACGCAUCGACGGGCUGCUGAGGGAAGGAGAAUCCGGCGUCGACGAGCACAAGCUCCACAUGUUCCUGUCGGCCCUGCAGUCUCUGACCCCGCCCCUGUUCGCCACGGUGCUGCAGAACGCCCCCUUCACCGGCCUAGCCACGCUGCAGGGCGAGGCCCCGCCUAUCGAGGUGACGAGGUUCCCCCGGCCGGCGUCCCCCCUGCAGGACGUGGCGACCGUGGUAGGGAGCCGGGAGCAGCUGGCGUUGCUGCUGCAGCUUUAUGAGCACCAGCUGGAGCAUGAGGGCACCGCCGGCUGGGACACCCUGUUGUGGGUGGUCAACCAACUGUUACCACAGCUCAUUGAUAUCGUGGGACACAUCAACGUCACCUCUACGACCUGCGUCCACGAGUUCUCCCGGUUCUUCUGGAGGCUGUGCCGAACUUUCGGGAAAAUUUUCACAAACGCCAAGGUAAAGCCGCAGUUCCAAGAAAUUCUCAGGCUAUCAGAGGAAAACGUGGACGCUACAGCUGGGAACGGCAUUCUCACAAAGGCUACAGUGCCUGUAUAUGCGACUGGGGUUCUGACAUGUUACAAUCAGGAAGAGGACCGCAAGCUUCUGAUUGGCUUCUUGGAGGACGUCAUGACGACCCUGUCUUUGUCACAUGCCCCCCUGGACAGUCUGAAAGCAGCUUUUGUGGAGCUGGGGGCCAACCCGGCCUAUCACGAGCUGCUCCUGACCGUUCUCUGGUACGGCGUUGUCCACACCUCCGCCCUGGUGCGCUGCACUGCGGCUCGAAUGUUUGAGCUGUUGGUGAAAGGGGUGAAUGAAACUCUGGUGGCUCAGAGAGUUGUUCCAGCUCUAAUCACCCUCUCCAGCGAUCCGGAAAUCUCUGUGAGGAUAUCGACGAUACCUGCGUUUGGAACAAUAAUGGAAACUGUAACACAGAGAGAGCUGCAGGAGAGAGUGAAAAUGCAGCUGGCUUCCUUCCUGGAGGACCCUCAGUAUCAGGACCAGCAUGCUUUGCACAUGGAGGUCAUCAGGACCUUCGGAAGAGUUGGGCCCAAUGCUGACCCCAGGUUCCGGGAUGAAUUUGUCCUCCCUCAUCUCCACAGCCUGGCCCUGGACAACAACGCACAGACGGUGGAGAGUAAGAGGAUCGACAUCGCCACCCAGUUAUUCGAGGCCUACAGCGCCCUCUCCUGCUGUUUCAUUUCAGAAGAAUGGCUGGUGAUUCACUUCCUGCCCGGACUCAAGUGUUUACGGACUGACAUGGAGCAGUUUUCACCUGAACACGAGGCUAUUCUGAGCUCCAUGAUUAAAGAAUGUGAGCAAAGAAUGGAAAACAGGGGCGUCCAGGAACAGCAAGGCUCUAUAUCGAUUGCCGCGAGUCUCGUGAGCGAAGAUGCAAAAACAAAAUUCCUGAGCAAGAUGGGUCAGUUGACCACUUCUGGGGCCAUGUUGGCCAAUGUGUUUCAGAGGAAGAAGUGAACUACAUUUCCCAUUCCCUCUACUGGGCCACAGAGCCUUCUACUUGAAGUCAAUUUUCUGCCUUGAUUUGUUUGUAUGUGUAUGAUUUAUUUCUUACAACUUUGUUCCAACCCAUAAAGAAAUUUGCACUUCUUUUAUCAUUU